ACAUUAAUUAAUUAGUGCAGUACUGAUCAUAUCAACCAUCAUCUACUGCCUACGUAAGAUGGAAGCCCAUCUCUUUUCUCCCUUCUUCUUCCUCACUCUCUCCCUCUUCUUCCUCUUCAUCCUAACACUACUGCAGUUCAAGAAGCAAAGGAAGCCUGCACAAAAGGUACUGGCACCUCUUCCGCCGGGCCCUCCAAAGCUUCCCCUCCUCGGAAACAUCCAUCACCUUGCCGGUGCCAAUCCCCACCGCACUCUCCGCCACCUCUCCCUAGUUCAUGGCCCGCUCUUGCUUCUCCGGCUCGGUCAGGUCGACCUAGUCGUCGCCUCCUCCGUGGAAGCCGUGGAGGAGAUAAUCAAGCGUCACGACCUCAACUUCGCCAACCGGCCAUCCGACUUGACCUUCGCCAACAUAUUGGCCUACGACGGCCUCAGCGUCGCCAUGGCCGCCUACGGCGGCUACUGGAAGCAAAUGAGGAAGAUCUACGCCAUGGAGCUGCUCAACUCUCGGCGCGUCAAGUCCUUCGCCACGAUCCGCGAGGAUGCGGUCCGCAAGCUCACCGCGGAAAUCGCAAGCGCCGCAUCGUUCGGCCAAACGCCUCUGAAUCUUAGCGAGAUGGUGAUGUCCAUGACGAACGCGCUGGUGUUGAGAGCAGCGUUCGGCGACAAGUGCCAGCAGAAGGGGAAGUUCCUGCAACUGGUGAAGGAAGGGGUGGGUUUGGUCACCAGCUUCGCAGUGGCCGACAUGUUCCCCUCGCUCAAGUUCUUGGACACCCUGACCGGCUUGAAAUUUAAGCUACAGCGAGUUCGAGGGCAGAUCGACCAGGUGUUCGACGAGAUCAUCUCACAGCACCAGGCCGAGAGAGCAGGCCCUUCAGAGGAGGAUCUAAUCAUCGAUGUUCUUCUGAGGCUCAAGGACCAAGAUGACCAAGAAUUUCCAAUAACAUCCACCAGCAUCAAGGCCAUCGUAUUGGAAAUAUUUCUCGGAGGAACAGAGACAUCGUCGACGGUGAUCGAGUGGGCUAUGUCGGAGCUAAUGAAGAACCCGGAGGCGAUGGAGAAAGCUCAAAAGGAGAUCAGGGAGGCCAUGCAAGGGAAGACUAAGCUGGAGGAGAAUGACAUCGCCAAGUUCAACUACCUUAAAUUAGUGAUCAAGGAGACCCUCCGACUUCAUCCUCCGGGUCCCCUGUUGCUGCCCAGAGUGUGCAAGGAGGAGUGCGAGGUCGUAGGAUACCGAGUGCCGACGGGGGCUCGCCUGCUCAUCAACGCGUGGGCUUUGGGCAGGGACGAGCGCUACUGGGGCGGCGACGCCGAGAGGUUCAAGCCGGAGAGAUUCGCCGACGGCUCGGUCGAUUUUCGAGGAUUCAACUUUGAGUUUGUGCCGUUCGGCGCGGGGCGAAGGAUAUGCCCCGGCAUGACGUUUGGGCUGUCGUCCGUGGAAGUCGGGCUGGCUCACCUGCUCUUCUAUUUCGACUGGAAGCUUCCGGGCGGAAUGAAGGCCGAAGAGUUGGACAUGAUGGAGAUUUCCGGUGCGAGUGCUCCGAGGAAGUCGCCCCUGUUCUUGCUUGCCAACCCACGAAUUCCUCUGCCGUAGCCUUCUCUUGUCUCUUUGCGUUCUAUAUUUAUAUACCUAUACAUGUAGUCAUACAUGUAUAAUUUAGCAUUCUAGUAAAUAAAAAGCCCCAAAUUAACUUUGUUUCCUCCCAUAUGUUAUAUCCUGAUUUUUUCAAUAAAAAUAAUUGGCUUUGA